AUGUUUCACUCGGCCCCUAUUGUCGGCCUGAUCCUACUGUUUUCCGCCUUCGCCUUUGUGGAAGCCGGCCAUUCUCUCUGGGAGUUCUCAACUGACAUUAAGCGUGGCAUUCCGUUUGAUCUCAACUGGUCGGGCACCACAACUUGGCCUGGCGGUGCUGUUCAAUAUUGUUGGGAAGGUCAAGCUACACGGCAGGAAUUUGCUGACCAUUUCCGCCAUGCCCUUAACUUAUGGCAUAUAGCUGGACUACCUGCAGAACGGUUCCAAUUUUUCGAAAUCUCGUUGGAUGACUGCCUAAGAGACCGCCGCAAUUCAAUCAUGUUCUAUAAGGGUCCUGGAUCUUUCGAGUAUGCAACAACUAUCGGCAAAUAUGUUGGGCCUGUUAGUGAUGAUCUUCCAGGACCUAUGGUUUUUUUUAAUAGUGAAGGCGAACCCCUUGGUGGUAGAGCUGGAUCAAAUACUAUUCCAGAAAAAAUGGCUCAUGAAAUCGGACAUAUCUUUGGCUUGUUUCAUGAGCAUCAAGAUCCUUUUUUUUGGUCAGACGAUCCUUUAUUGAAGUUGUAUUGCAUGAAUAUUGAGGGAUAUGAUCAGAUGGUGGCGGGCUUGACCUCCGAGCAAAUCUGGGGUGAGCAAGGGAUAUGUGUUAAUCAACUUGCGGCCUUGGAUCACGGUUGGAAUACUGUUGCUCACUUUCUCCCAAUUGUUGGACUUACACAUCUCGUUCAUCCUAAUGUUCACCCAGAAAACUCCGAUCUCGACUGGAACUCAAUUAUGCUUUACCAUAGCUUUGCCGCUGCUAAACAACCUGUGGAUGGCAACAAGCUUACUUUACGCAAAGCAAGGGGUGGUCGCUAUUGGAAAAUUCCGAUCAAGCGCGCUCCGAGUUUAGGUGAUGUUCAAGCAUUAAUUCGUCUCUACGAUGCUUCGGAGCGGCGAGCACUUCCGCGUCUUUAUCAUGACCCGCGCAGCGAAUAUCAUACCGCAUUCCAGAAUUUGCAGGAUUUUCAAGUAUGCGAUUGGCCCCGGCAGGCUGGGCCCAGUGGUCAAUGA